GAGCCGGCCACGGGACGGCCGCACCGCGAGAGCAGAGCAGGAGUCGAGCCGGGGCCCCGCGCCGCACGCUCGCGCACGCCCGCGAGCCGCACGCCGGGCCGGGAAUAAGUGCGGCAGUGACAGCCCCACCUGCCGUGUAGUGCAGGCUGCAGGACCCGGGAACCAAAACCUGGCAAAAUCAACACCGCGGCAGUUCUACAUUUGUGACGGUGCGCGCGCUUUCGCCCCCGCGCGCGCGCGGGAAGAGUGAUGUGAUGUGAGCGGUGUCGCGACCAUGUGGAUUACGUCAAUCUUCGCCGCCACUGGAACGCACCCAACAGGAGCCGCGCCCUGAGCAGGACAGGACACCCCGAACACCAGGGUCAUGCGGAGGAAGAGGAGGAAGUGAGAGGGGGCUGGGGGCGGCGGGCCUGAAGGUGGGCCGGCCCCGCACCUGCACCCUCGCGUCGUGUAGCCAUGACGGUGCCCGGCCCCUACCUGCCCCCGGACAAGGUGUACGAGGAGGCCACCCCCCAGGUGCGACUGGCGGCCCAGCGCGCCCAAGCGGACGCGGAGAGGACGUCCACCACGACGACGACCAGCUCCAGCAGGACGACGAGCCACUCCGACCCGGCGGCGCGCUCCUGCAGCAGCAGCUGCUCCGACUGCGAGGGCGGCGAGGAUGGUGAGCGGGACGAGGCGGCGAGCAGGACCAGCGGGACGAGCAGGGCGAGCCGGCGGCAGCAGCAGCUGGAGGAGCUGUGCUGCGAGUUCCUGCUGCGGCACCGCAUCAACCCGGAGCUGCUGUGCGCCUACAGGGGCAAGGGCCGCCGCGGCUCAAGUAAUAAGCCUUACAUGGAAUAA